AUGUCUGAUCUACUAACCAGAUUCCAAUCCCUUUCUAUCGCUAAGUCCGCGGUCUCUCUAUCCAGAGAUCAAUCCGCCUUGGCCACUCAAUGGGAGUCCAUAAUUAAAUCAAACCAAUUGCAACAAAACUUGGAUCAAAUUAACUUAUUCCUAAGAGAUAAUGCCUUCCUAUGUGCCACAGCUCAACCCACUGCUACCGAUGUGAUUGUCUUUGAACCAUUGUUCCCAUUGAUGAAACAAUUGGUCUCAAGCACCAAGGAUAUCUUGCAAAUUUAUAACAGUUACAGACAUAUCCUAAGAUGGUCUGAUUUCUUACAAACUCUAUUAUCUGUUCCAGCCGCUGAUCAAUUGAGUUUGAACUAUGAUUUACAAUUGACUCACGAAAUCGUGGAAAAGAAGAAGAAACCUCAUGCCGUUGAUAAUACCGCCAAGAAACCAGCUGCUGCUGCCGCUGCUGAAUCCAAGGGUAAGAAGGAAGCCGCCACAUCUGGUCAACCAAGAGGUAAGCCUGAUGAAGAGACUUUAAAAAAAUUAAGAGAAGAAGCUAAGGCUAAGAAGGCCGCUAAGAAGGCUGCCAAUGCUGCUGCUCAAGCUGAAAAAGAAAAGAAGGAAGCUGAAAUGCCACCUGUAUCAUCCAUUGAUUUCCGUGUUGGGUUCAUUCAAAAGGCUAUAAAGCAUCCUGAUGCUGAUUCUCUUUAUGUUUCAACUAUCGAUGUCGGUGAUGAAGAAGGUCCAAGAACUGUUUGUUCUGGGUUAGUGAAACAUUUCUCCUUAGAAGAAAUGCAAGAACGUUAUGUCGUAGUCGUUUGUAAUUUGAAGCCAGUCAACAUGAGAGGUAUUAAAUCUACUGCCAUGGUUCUUUGUGGGUCUACUGAAGAUAAGGUAGAGUUUGUUGAACCACCAAAGGGAUCUCAUGCUGGUGAUAAAGUCUUCUUUGAAGGUUUCGGGAAGGAAGAGCCAAUGAAACAAUUAAAUCCAAAGAAGAAGAUUUGGGAAAGAUUACAACCUCAAUUCUCCACUAAUGAUCAAUUGGAAGUUACUUUCAAGAAGGAAGAUGGUACUCUCUUGAAAUUAACUAAUAAUGAAGGCCAAUCUUUCAAGGUGGCUUCUAUUGUUAACGCUAAUGUCCGUUAA